UAUACCGUCUCCUGUAGUUUCGACACGUCAUCGGCGUCUUCCUCCACUCACCUUCCUUUCAGUCCAACCAACAAUGGCGACCACCGUCGCCGCAAUUUUCAUCCCUUCCGCCACCACUUUCUCCCGCCUGUCUCCCCCUUAUCUCUACUCCUUCAAUUCCAUCUCCGCCGCCGCUACCCUUGACCGCCGCAGGAAUUUUCUCCAUUUCCGUACUGUGCACAAAACCCCCAAAAGAACCCUAACUCUCUCAUCCUCUUCUUCCUCCAAUCCCAAUCCCGAACCCGAAACCUCUCCAGGAGGCGCUCGUCUUGUUCCUCUGGUUGCAUCACUCUCCAUCGGCGGCGUAUUCUGCUUCCUCAUUCCCCGGCCGGACGAAUUAACUCCUCAGGCCUGGCAAUUGCUCUCCAUUUUCCUCUCCACCAUCGCCGGCCUAGUCCUCGGCCCCCUCCCCGUCGGCGCGUGGGCGUUCCUUGGACUCACCGUCUCCAUCCUCACCAAAACGCUGUCGUUCCGCGCCGCCUUCUCCGCCUUCACAAACGAAGUAAUUUGGCUGACCGUAUUUUCGUUUUUCUUCGCUCGCGGCUUCGUGAAGACGGGAUUGGGCGAUCGCAUUGCAACUUACUUCGUCAAGUGGUUGGGGAGUAGCACCCUGGGGCUGUCGUACGGCCUGACUUUAAGCGAGGCACUGAUUUCUCCGGCAAUGCCGAGCUCCACCGCUAGGGCAGGCGGCGUGUUCCUGCCGAUCAUCAAAUCCUUAGCAUUGUCGUCCGGAAGUAAGCCUGGAGAUCCUUCCAGGAAGAAGCUUGGCUCUUAUCUCGUGCAAUCUCAACUUCAGUCUUCUAACAACUCAAGUGCUCUUUUCCUAACUGCCGCAGCUCAAAACCUCCUAUGCCUGAAUUUAGCUGCAGGAUUUGGAGUGGUGAUUCCGAACCCGUGGAUUUCUUGGUUCCAGGCUGCUAGUCUACCCGGUUUUGUAUCUCUAAUAUCUACGCCGUUAAUAUUAUACAAUCUUUUCCCUCCCGAAACAAAAGAUACCCCUGAAGCCCCUGCCAUUGCUGCCGAGAAAUUAGCGCUAAUGGGACCUGUCACAAAAAAUGAAUAUGUGAUGAUUUCCACUAUGCUCCUAGCAGUUUCUCUGUGGGUUUUCGGGGAUGCUGUAGGUGUUUCGAGCGUUGUUGCUGCAAUGACGGGAUUAUCUAUACUCUUAUUAUCGGGAGUUCUUGACUGGGAUGACUGCUUGAAUGAGAGAGCAGCGUGGGAUACUCUCGCGUGGUUUGCUGUCCUCGUCGGAAUGGCAGGCCAGCUGGCUGACCUUGGGAUCAUUAGCUGGAUGUCGACAUACGUAGCUGCAUCGCUGCAGUCGUUAUCUCUAAGCUGGCCUGCUGCAUUCGGCGUUCUUCAGGGUAGUUACUUCUUGAUUCACUAUUUAUUCGCAAGCCAAACGGCCCACGUCGGAGCUUUGUACCCUGCGUUUCUCGCCAUGCAUUUGGCAUCGGGAGUGCCGGCCGAUCUCUCGGCCUUGGCUCUUGCCUACAACACCUGCCUGUUCGGCGCUUUGACUCAUUACAGCAGCGGUCAGGCUGCCGUAUAUGCUGGAGCCGGGUAUGUAGACAUUCCUGAGGUGUUCAAAUUCGGGUUUAUGAUGGCACUGGUUAACACUGCGAUCUGGGGCUUGGUAGGGACGUUUUGGUGGAAGUUCUUGGGGCUGUACUAAGCUGGAAAGUAUGAGAAAUUUUUAUCCUACAACAAAAUUGGUAUCAGUAAUGUGAAGGCCAUGCACAUGGGCGGGGAGGGCAUUUAUUUGCGAGUGCGUGAGUGUUAUCCAGUGGGCUGUGAUGGAGGAGGCGUGUUGAUAAUUUUACCUGCGUUUGUCGAAGACAGC